AUGAUUGAACUCGGGCUUAGCCGCAUAUCGCGCCUCCUCCAGCAGACCCCUCUGUCAUGGAAGGCCAUCCAUAUCGCCGGGACUAACGGAAAAGGUUCAAUCAGCGCCUAUGUCUCUCAUCUUCUGGCUUCUGGCGGUGUCCGCUGUGGCCGCUUUACAUCUCCUCACUUAAUCGACCGGUGGGAUUGUAUUACAAUUGACGAGAAGGUCGUGCAGGAGUCGCUAUUCCGGCAGAUCGAGGAAGAGGUCAAGCUGCGGGAUCAGACGCUGGGGUUUGGGGCAAGCGAAUUCGAACUUCUGACUGCGACUGCUUUUGAGAUCUUCAACCAUGAGCGGGUUGAAGUUGGUGUGGUUGAGGUUGGUAUGGGCGGGCGACUGGAUGCGACGAAUAUCCUGAGCGAUGUGCUGGUUUCCGUUAUUGCGAAAAUCGGUUUGGACCAUCAAGCCCUUUUGGGAAACUCUAUUGAAGAAAUUGCGCGCGAGAAAGCUGGGAUCCUGAAGCCUCAUACUCCCUGCGUAGUUGACGCCACCAACUCCACGGAAGUUAUCACGACGCUCGAAAGCCGUAUACAGGAACUGGGUCUGGAAGGAGACUUUGUACACCCCGAGGCGGUCGAGAGCCAGGCUCCGUCUUUGGCUCGUAUAUUUGAGAGGUUGGAUCUCUUGCCUCAUCAACGUGCGAAUAUGUACUGCGCGGUCUCUGCGCUUCAGCUCGCCCUGCCGAAAGUACGCCCAAGACUCGAUGUUGACACAUUGCUCCCCCAUAUUUCGGAAGUGAAGUGGCCUGGUCGGCUACAGGACAUUGUUCUCGAACCAUUGGUCGCCCGCAAAGAACCUGUCUUGCUGGAUGGUGCGCACAAUGCUCAAUCAGCCCAAGUCCUCGGAGAAUACGUGGAGCGCAAACUCCGUCCCCAGCAAAAGAACGUCACUUGGGUUAUCGCGGCAUCACGGGGCAAGGAUUUGACGGAGUUAUUUGGCGCGUUCAUUAAACCUGGGGAUGACGUCGCAACCACAUCGUUUGGCCCUGUGGACGGGAUGCCGUGGGUGAAGGCAGUCGACCCUACGGAAUUGGCUACGUGCGUUCAAUCAUUCCCGGAAAUUCAACAGGUCAAAGCCUUUGACAAAGAUAUACCCGCUGCGAUAAAUUGGGCUAGCAACGUUGCUAAUGGUGGUCCAUUGGUGAUCGCUGGUAGCCUUUAUCUAGCAUCGGACAUCCUUCGUCUCUUGCGUGAGGCACAGACAUCUGCCGGACCAGGGAGAGGAACGUGCUAG